UGAAGUGCUGUGGUACUGUGGUGUUCAGUCAGUGGAGGCUGUGGUUUAGAUGGUUGUAGCAUUGUAAGGUUAGAUAUCAGCCUGUCUGGGGCUCACAGUCACUGAAAGUAACAGAGAUGUUGUAUCGAAGGUUCUUUGAUGUCAAAGGUCUCUCCAUGAAGUUAAAGUGUGGGCGAGGACUAGAGGAAAAGGAUGGAGAGAAGAGUCGAGACAAAGACGAGAGGAGAGAGGCAAAGGCCAGAGAGAGAUGUAUGCUGAACGGACAUCACUUCAGCAUGGUCUCCUCCCAGACACAAUCCUCCUCCUGCCACCAAUGCAGCAAAACCAUCAACACUAAGGAUGCCUUUCUCUGCACCAAUUGCAAUUCACAUGUUCAUAAGAGUUGUAGAGAAAGCCUGCCUGUCUGUGCCAAGGUGAAGAUGAAGUCGCCCAGACAGCAGUUUGCAGUUCCAGAUUCAGCCACCAUUCCUGUUGUCACCCGGAGACCAAAACGAGGGUUAAACCCGGGUGCAUCGAGGGAGCGACCCUGGUCAGCCAUCUUGUCUCCAGAAGACCACUCCUCAUUGGUUGUUCCCUCCCGAAGACAUACCUCCAUCAUACCCUUCCCCGGCUCCAACCUGUCAAAGAGCAUCUCCAUAUCCAACAUCGCUGGUCACCAGGUGUUUGAUGACAUGCCUAUCAAGGGUCUGCGGUACCUGUCCCAUUCUACUGACUCUCUGUGCAAGACCAACCUGGUCAAUGAAUCUACAGAGUCAUUCACAGACGAAGGCACAGAGAUGAUUGACAGUCAGCUGAUGGGGGAGUUUGAGGAAGACCUGAAAGAGCUGGAGGCAGACUCCUGGAGCAACGUUAUGGACAGCAACUUCCUCAAACAUCUGAAGAAGGACGUCAUCAAGAGACAGGAAGUCAUCUACGAGUUGAUGCAGACAGAGAUGCACCACGUGAGGACCCUGCUGAUCAUGAUGGAGGUGUACAGUAAGGGUCUGGUGAAGGAGCUGCAGCUGGAGCCUCAGACAGUAGACAGGCUGUUCCCUGCCCUGGGGGAGCUCCUGGACCUCCACACCUCCUUCCUGACACGUCUCCUGGAGAGGAAGAGAGAGAGCCAGCAGGAGGGGGAGGACGGAGGAUUCAUCAUCAACAAGAUAGGAGACAUCCUGGAGACACAGUUCUCAGGGACCAAAGCAGCGAUAAUGAAGAGAGUUUACGGGAAGUUCUGCAGCCGCCACAACGAGGCCGUAAACAUCUACAAGGAGCUGCACUCCAAAGACAAACGCUUCCAGGCCUUCAUCAGGAAGAAGAUGAGUAGCAGUAUCGUCCGGAGGCUAGGUAUCCCAGAGUGCAUUCUGUUAGUCACCCAGAGGAUCACCAAGUACCCCGUCCUGAUGCAGAGAAUACUACAUCACACCAAAGAGAAUGAGGAAGACCAUGAGGACCUGAGUGAUGCUCUAUACCAGGUCAAGGAGGUCAUCACUGCAGUGGACAGCAAGGUGAACGAGCAUGAGAAGAAGAGGAGGCUGAAGGACAUCUACAGCCGGACAGACAGCAAGUCCAUUAUGAGGAUGAAGAGCGGUCAGAUGUUUGCUAGAGAGGACCUGCUCAGAGGGAGAAGAUUGCUGUAUGAUGGACCUCUGCAGCUGAAGAACUCACAGGGGAAACUCAAGGAUGUAACGGCCAUGCUUCUCUCUGAUAUCGUCGUCUUCCUACAGGAGAAAGACCAAAAAUUCGUCUUUGCCUCUCUGGACCAGCGCUCCACGGUCCUCUCUCUCCAGAAGCUGAUCGUUAGAGAGGUGGCUAACGAGGAGAAGGGUCUCUUCCUGAUAACAGCAGGGAUGGAGAAACCAGAGAUGGUGGAGGUACACACUGCAACCAAGGAGGAACGCAACACCUGGAUGCAAAUCAUACAGGAGGCCAUGCAGUCCACAGAGAAAUAUGAGGAUGAGGAGAACCCCAGUGAAACAGAGGAGGACAAGAGACUGCUGGAGACCAAAGCUAAGGAGAUGAGAGAGAUGCUGAGGAAGAAGGAUGAGCAGAUCAUGUGUAUGCUGGAGGAGAAGAUGGCCGUGUUUAGGGAGAUGUGUGAGGUCCGGAGCCCUGGAACCCCCCCAGGAACAAGCCCAGGAGAGGACCAGGGCCCCAGUCAGGUCACCAGGGCCAAGGGGCUGUUCAGGGCUGGGAGCGGAGCGGGCUCUGAGGACGUACCUAAAGGAGAACCCAUCAUAAAGGGAGCACUACAGGAAGUGGAGACAUUGCAGGCGCUGGUGAACGGUACUCUGGGAGGAGCGAUGGGGGGGCAGCAGGUGGUGUGGGUCCCAGAGACAGAAGGAGUGGGAGGAGUGGUGGGCCCGGGCCCUGUAUGUCUCCUUCGCAGGGCCGAGACCUUCGGAGGCUUUGACUCUCAGCAGAUACACAUCUCUAAGAAUGGGGACAAAGAAGAGGGAGAGGACAGAGCAGACCUUCGCAGGACAGAGUCCGAUGGUGUACUGAAGAAGGGGGAGAAUGCGACCAUGAUGCUGUUACUGAAGAGGAACACUGAGCAGGUCCUCCACAGUGUGAGCCACAUCCAUGACUUGCUCAGCACCCUGCAGGCAGUGGUAGUCCAGCAGGACAGCUUCAUUGAGGAUCAGCGCCAGGCUCUCACCAACCGCCCCGAACGCCUCACCUCCUUCUUCUCCUCCCGUCCCUCCUCACGCCACAACUCCCUGAUCGAGCAGGAGAAACAGCGCAGCCUGGAGAAACACAGGCAGGAGACGGCCGCGCUGCAGCGCCAGCAGGCCACACACGACCAGGAGAAGAGGAGGAGGGAGAGGGAGUGGGAGGUACGGGAGCAGCAGCUGACAGACAGGGAGGUGCAGCUCCUGGUACAGGAAGAGGAGACGGGAAGGAGGAGCAGGGAGCUAGUUACGGAGAGGGUGGAGCUACAAAGGAAGAAGAAGGACUAUCUGAUAGAUCUAGAGCGACUGAGAGACGCUCAGGGGAAACUAGAUCGAGACAGAGAAAACAUACACCGAGAAAUGGAGAGGGUAGAACACAUGAGAAUGGCUAAGAGGUGGAUACAGAGAACUCCCUCUUCUACCUCAGACGACUCCCCCCACUUCCCCUCCUCUACCUCCCUGGACAAAGAUCCAAUGGACCCGACUGAGCUCUCCUCCUCUCCCAGGAAAGAAUCCCUGACCUCGUCAAAAGGGAAGAGCCUAAGCCCUUUCUCUGAGGCCAUGGCCCUAAAGGCCCCUAGUGGAGACAGUCAGAACCAGAUACCUAAAAGACUGCUGCAACUGGCUAAAGACAGGAGCAAGAACAAGAAGGACAAGAAGAAGAAGGAACAGGGUACACAGUCACCAGAGGUGGAUACAGAGAACUCCCUCUUCUACCUCAGACGACUCCCCCCACUUCCCCUCCUCUACCUCCCUGGACAAAGAUCCAAUGGACCCGACUGAGCUCUCCUCCUCUCCCAGGAAAGAAUCCCUGACCUCGUCAAAAGGGAAGAGCCUAAGCCCUUUCUCUGAGGCCAUGGCCCUAAAGGCCCCUAGUGGAGACAGUCAGAACCAGAUACCUAAAAGACUGCUGCAACUGGCUAAAGACAGGAGCAAGAACAAGAAGGACAAGAAGAAGAAGGAACAGGGUACACAGUCACCAGAUACCCAGCACCUAGAGCCUCCUCUAGAUGGAGAGAUCUACUUCUGCUGAGGAGACCCCUCUUCAUCUCCUCCGAUGUCAAUGCAACAUCCAUCUCACCAACUGAAUGGAAGGCCAAGUUGCCAAAGUGCCCCCAUUGUCAAACCCUCUAUAAGUCCUCACAAACACUCCCAACUGACACACAAUAGGAAGUGGAAGGUCUCUCAUCAUGUGAGUCAUAAGCUCCAGCUGCAAUGUUCUGUCUCAGUGCUCACUACAGAUUGGCUCCUGACUGUCACCUGCUAAAAAAAUAUAAGGAAACUGUUUCUAUGUUAGAUACUGUAGGUUAAAGAUUGUCUAUAACAAUAAGGAAACUGUUUCUAUGUUAGAUACUGUAGGUUAAAGACUGUCUAUAACAAUAAGGAAACUGUUUCUAUGUUAGAUACUGUAGGUUAAAGAUUGUCUAUAACAAUAAGGACACUGCUUCUAUGCUAGAUACUGUAGGUUAAAGAUUGUCUAUAACAAUAAGGACACUGCUUCUAUGCUAGAUACUGUAGGUUAAAGACUGUCUACAACAAUAAGGAAACUGUUUCUAUGUUAGAUACUGUGCUCCUGAUGUGCUUGACAUGUUGCAAUAAUCUCAAUGCAUUUUACAUGUGAUGCUAUGAUUUACAUGUGAUGCUAUGAUUUACAUGUGAUGCUAUGAUUUACAUGUGAUGCUAUGAUUUACAUGUGAUGCUAUGAUUUACAUGUGAUGCUAUGAUUUACAUGUGAUCCAAGAUCGAUAAUCAAUAUGUUGUUUAUACAGAUCAGUCUACACAAUAUUGAUACUAUAUAGUCCCAUAAGAAUUGGAGAAAACUCAAAGACUGAUGUCAGUUGAUCGUUGUUGUGGUUCAAUGUUUAAGAGCCACUUGUUACAAAUACCUGAAGAACCAGAGAACACAUAUGGAAUCAUGUUGUAACCAAAAAUACAUUAAACAAAUCAAAAUAUAUUUUAGAUUUCAGAUUCUUAAAAGUAGCCACCUGUUGCCUUGAUGACAGCUUUGCACACUCUUGGCCUUCUCUCAACCAGCUUCAUGAGGUAAUCACCUGGAUUUAAAAAAAAUGAAUAGGUAUGCCUUGAUUAAAGAAUGGUAUACAGAAUAUAGCCCUAUUUGGUAAAUGACCAAGUCCAUAUUAUGGAAAGAUCAGCUCAAAUUAGCAAAGAGAAACGACAGCCCAUCAUUACUUU